GGACUGCCUAUGGCUGCAGUAGCAGGAAGAGAAGCUCUCAGAAGGUGCACAUUCCUCCUUGUUCAUUUUAAGUAGCUUCAAAAGUUGCUGUUGAUGAUGCCUGAAGUUGCUUUGGAGGGAGAAAACCAACAGUGAGAUCAAGAAUUGUUCUCUAAUGAUCUUGCUUCACCAUGGCUACAAAUAUGGAGGGGCUGGUUCAGCACAGAGUGGGGACCCAGCAGGUGGCUGAGGUACCACGGACACAGACCUCUCGGCCGGAAUCUCCAGGGAUGACCAGCCCCUCCCCACGCAUCCAGAUAAUCUCCACCGACUCUGCGGUAGCUUCACCUCAGCGAAUUCAGAUUGUAACAGACCAGCAGACAGGACAGAAGAUCCAGAUAGUCACCGCAGUGGACGCCUCCGGAUCCCCCAAGCAGCAGUUCAUCCUGACCAGCCCAGAUGGAGCUGGAACUGGGAAGGUGAUCCUGGCUUCCCCGGAGACAUCCAGUGCCAAGCAGCUCAUAUUCACCACCUCGGACAACCUUGUCCCUGGCAGGAUCCAGAUCGUCACGGACUCUGCUUCUGUGGAGCGCUUGCUGGGUAAGGCCGACGUCCAGCGGCCGCAAGUGGUAGAGUACUGUGUGGUCUGUGGCGACAAAGCCUCCGGCCGGCACUAUGGGGCUGUCAGUUGUGAAGGUUGCAAAGGCUUCUUCAAAAGGAGUGUAAGGAAAAAUCUGACCUACAGUUGCCGGAGCAACCAAGACUGUAUCAUCAAUAAACACCACCGGAACCGCUGUCAGUUUUGCCGGCUGAAAAAAUGCUUAGAGAUGGGCAUGAAGAUGGAGUCUGUGCAGAGUGAACGGAAGCCCUUUGAUGUGCAACGGGAGAAACCAAGCAAUUGUGCUGCUUCAACUGAGAAAAUCUAUAUCCGGAAGGACCUGAGAAGUCCUCUGAUAGCCACUCCCACGUUUGUGGCAGAUAAAGACGGAGCAAGACAAACAGGUCUUCUUGAUCCAGGGAUGCUUGUGAACAUCCAACAGCCUUUGAUACGUGAGGAUGGUACAGUUCUCCUGGCCACGGAUUCCAAGGCUGAAACAAGCCAGGGAGCUCUGGGCACACUGGCAAAUGUAGUAACCUCCCUUGCCAACUUAAGUGAAUCCCUGAACAAUGGUGACACUUCGGAAAUGCAGCCGGAGGACCAGUCUGCAAGUGAGAUUACUCGGGCAUUUGAUACUUUAGCUAAAGCACUUAAUACCACAGACAGCUCCUCACCUCCAAGCCUAGCAGAUGGGAUAGAUGCCAGUGGUGGAGGGGGCAUCCAUGUCAUCAGCAGAGACCAGUCCACACCCAUCAUCGAGGUCGAAGGGCCCCUCCUUUCAGACACUCAUGUCACAUUUAAGCUCACGAUGCCCAGCCCGAUGCCAGAGUACCUCAACGUGCACUACAUCUGCGAGUCAGCAUCCCGCCUGCUUUUCCUCUCCAUGCACUGGGCCAGGUCAAUCCCAGCCUUUCAGGCACUUGGGCAGGACUGCAACACCAGCCUGGUGCGGGCCUGCUGGAACGAGCUCUUCACCCUCGGCCUGGCCCAGUGUGCCCAGGUCAUGAGUCUCUCCACUAUCCUGGCAGCCAUUGUCAACCACCUGCAGAACAGCAUCCAGGAAGGUAGGGCUGGGGCUGUGGGGGAGCGUGUCUUGGUUCAUGCUGGCCCCUUGCAAACUGGCCGGCCACAGUGUCCCACAGCUUCCACAGGCUGAGGGUAGCUUAGCUUUUAAGUCCUGGGGCCUUUACCAAUG